CUCCCGGAGCGGCCCCGCCCCGCCCCGCCCGGCCCUCCUGGAGGGCAGGUUCCAGAAGCUGUUCCGGGCGGGGUUGCCGGGUGGUGUGGAGUCGCUCCUUCCUCCCACAGAACGUGCCCAGGCAAGGCCAGUCGCUCGCUAUGUCAGCUGCGGAGGCGGCGGAUGUUUUCCACAGAGCCAGGGGCAGGACCCUGGACGCGUUUUCCUCAGAGAAGGAACGGGAAUGGAAAGGUCCAUUCUACUUCGUCCAAGGCGCAGACACUCAGUUUGGGCUGAUGAAGGCCUGGUCCACCGGGAAUUGUGACACCGGCGGUGACGAGUGGGGGCAGGAGAUCCGUCUCACGGAGCAGGCUGUUGAGGCCAUCAACAAGCUGAACCCCAAACCCAAAUUCUUUGUUCUCUGUGGUGACCUCGUUCAUGCCAUGCCAGGAACUCCAUGGCGGAAGGAACAGACCAGGGACCUGCAGCGAGUCCUGAAGGCCAUCGACCAGGACAUCCCACUGGUGCUAGUCAGUGGCAACCAUGACUUGGGCAAUGUCCCCACAGCCGAGACUGUGGAAGAGUUCUGCCAGACAUGGGGAGAUGACUACUUUAGCUUCUGGGUUGGGGGCGUCCUGUUCCUGGUGCUCAACUCCCAGUUCUUAUACGAUGCCUCCAGGUGCCCCGCACUGAAGCAGGCCCAGGACCGCUGGCUGGACCAACAGCUGAGCAUUGCAGAGCAGAAGCAGUGCCAGCAUGCCAUUGUCUUCCAGCAUAUCCCACUGUUCCUGCAGAGUAUUGAUGAAGAUGACGACUACUUCAACCUCACCAAGACCGUGCGUAAGGAACUGGCCGACAAGCUCACCAGAGCAGGUAUCAGAGCUGUGUUCUCGGGACACUACCACAGGAAUGCCGGAGGAACCUACCAGAACCUUGACAUGGUAGUUUCAUCUGCCAUUGGGUGCCAGCUAGGUAAAGACACCCACGGGCUCCGUGUGGUGGUCGUCACUGCGGAGAAAAUUGUUCACCGUUACUACAGUUUAGAUGAGCUGAGCAAGGGGGGAGUAGAGGACGACCUGAAGGAGCUGCUGAAGGACUGAUUGGUUCCCCACAGAGUCCACCCAGCUUUCACCCAUCACCUUCCAUUUUGCUAGAAUAUUCUCAGCCCCUUAUAGAAAUGUCUGAGCAGAAAGGCAGGUUUGUGAACAGAUGUGCUUUUACAUAAAUCAAACUGCUGGGUCCUAUCCUUAAUUAUUUUCAGAAGAGGAGAACUGUCUUUCCUUUAAAAGCCAGAUAAGACAGCUACGGGUGUUUUCUAAUUGUGGUGUGAGGCUUCCCACAUGCUGCUUGGGUAAAUUCUUUUCAUUGUGCAGCAUUUAACUCUGCCCUUGAAUCCACUGUCUCAGACAACUUAGAAUCAAUAAGCACCUACAGCCCUCAGUCCCGACUCAGUACCCAAGAGUGGACUUUAAUAAUUCCUCCAGCAAACUGCAUCUGCUUUUGUCAAAUUGUGGUCAUGACUCCCAGAGCUAGGAAAACAAAUUCCCACUCCUUCCUGUCUGACCAAAUAGUACGCCCUCCACCCCCUCGUCCCAGGGCCACAUAGGUUUGUUGUCAUCAUAACAGGUAGCUUCAUUAGCCAUCGUUGGCUGUGACUUUCAGGACUUGCUGCUGCUGCUCUGAACACUGUGCAGGGAGUCCCCUGCCUUUCUGAUGACAAAUGUCAUCUUCAGACAUAGGCAGACUCUGUUCCAGAAGACCAGAACAGAAGCUGCAGCAUGAAGACCCUGCACAGCCCACGUGUUUUCUGUGUGUAUUCUCCUGCUGCAGGCAGCCCACCCCAUUGUCAGAGCUAUGACCUAGCAGAAAAGCUGGACUUGAUACAGACUUCUCCCAAGAAAAACAGAACUGAGCCAUUGGGUAUAACUAACAUUAUACCAUGUUAACUACCACUUACAUAACAAUAUCCCUGGACAGCAAAGAGUGUGAGCUACUUAAAAUCCUUUUCACUGUGGAAUUCCCUCUGCUGCCUCCCCUGGGAGCUCUGACCUCUCUGUGGCUUUUCCUCGGUGUACCAGCCUUCCUGGUGCCCAAGUAACGAGGGCCACUAUAUCCUGCCAUGAAAGUUUUACAGUGCCCUGCAGUGGCACUGGAGAAUCUGAAACCAACUUUAAAAACUCACUGAUUACAAAUGAACCACAAAGCCCACUAAAUUAGAAAACUUUCUUGUUAAAAAGUUUUAGUCAAUGUAGCAAAACCAUGAGAAAUUAAAUAAAAAGGUAAUUGGAUAUGUAAAUUCAUAAGGAACAAAAGAUACAGGAAGUUAAUUAUUUUACAGCUUGGUGACACACCAGAGUGAUCUUGCAGUGCUUGGCUGUGUUCCUAUUUGUUUUUGUUUUUUUACAGCAGACUGUGAGAGAUCAGGAGAGGUCCCUGGUCCCAAAAUGUGUAGACUUGAUUCACUGACAGACGAAAGACUAGUCAUAGUGGGCUGAAGGCAUGCCCUUUGUCCAAAUUACAUAUGAAAAACACAGCCUCAGAAUGGGGACAAGGUACGGGAUAAAGCAAUGGAAGGGAAGGAAGUGCUUGUCCUCAAAACACCUAAGUUCCAGAGCUGACUCAGAAACCUAGCGUGUGCUAAGAUAGCCUGGUCUUGCCAGUUUUCAACAGAACAGCAGUAUUGGCGUGGGGCUUGCUGAUAUGGGGAGCAAAAAUGUAUAUUCCAUGUAACUCAGAUAGCAAGUCACUAUUCUGUUCUCUCCUAGGCCUUUUCUAAAAAAAAAAAAAAAAUCUCAUUAAAAAAAAAUAAUAAUAAUAAAGACUUCCCACAUGCC